CCUGUCAGUGAGAUGAAAUCGGCUUCUUCCCCUGCAAGACUCCCCCGGCAGUUCAAAACGAAAAUUUUAAAUUUCCCCAAUUCCCUUCCCGCCCCAUCUCUCAUGCCAAUCUCCCUAUAAAUUUCUUUCAAAGCCUUUUUCCCCUGCGCGCCAUCAAAUCCUACAGUCGUAGAUCUUCCUUUAAUUUCUAUUUCUCUUUUCCCUUUCCAAAAAUGCCGUCUUUGCCGAUGUCUAACGGUGUCGCUGACAACCGUGAUGAGCAGGAAGAGCCGCUUCUUGCCCCAAACCCCGACCGCUUCUGUAUGUUUCCGAUACGCUAUCCUCAGAUCUGGGAGAUGUACAAGAAAGCCGAAGCCUCCUUCUGGACAGCAGAGGAAGUCGACCUCUCCCAAGACCUCCGUCACUGGGAUCAAUCCCUCACCUCUGACGAGCGCCACUUCGUCACCCACGUUCUCGCCUUCUUUGCUGCAUCUGAUGGAAUCGUCCUCGAGAACCUUGCCGGCCGCUUCAUGAGGGAGGUACAGCUCCCGGAGGCUCGCGCCUUCUAUGGAUUUCAGAUUGCCAUCGAAAACAUCCACUCCGAGAUGUACAGCCUUCUUCUCGAAACAUACAUCAAAGAUUCCUGUGAGAAAUCCCAUCUCUUCCAUGCCAUCGAGACCGUCCCCUGCGUCGCCCGCAAGGCUCAGUGGGCCCUACGUUGGAUCGACGCCUCCAAUUCAUUUGCAGAGCGCAUCCUUGCGUUUGCUUGCGUUGAGGGAAUCUUCUUCUCCGGUAGCUUCUGUGCCAUCUUCUGGCUCAAGAAGAGAGGGCUAAUGCCCGGUCUCACCUUCUCCAACGAGCUCAUAUCUCGUGACGAGGGUCUGCACUGUGACUUUGCUUGCCUUCUCUACAGCCUCCUCAACAAUAAGCUCUCUGAGGAUAGGGUUCGAGAGAUUAUUUCCGAUGCUGUCGAUAUAGAGAGGGAGUUCGUCUGCGAUGCUCUCCCCUGUGCUCUUGUGGGGAUGAAUGCUGAUCUCAUGAGCCAGUACAUAGAGUUUGUUGCCGAUCGUCUUCUUGGUGCUCUGGGUUACGCGAAGAUGUACGAGGUAUCAAACCCAUUUGACUGGAUGGAGCUUAUUUCCCUUCAGGGAAAAACUAACUUUUUUGAGAAGAGGGUCGGGGAAUACCAGAAGGCGUCGGUGAUGUCGAGUUUGAAUGGAAACGGCGCCAUCCAUGAGUUCAAACUGGAUGAGGAUUUCUGAAGCUGCUUACUCUGCAUACUUUGACAUGUAAUAUUUUCGUUGUUUCAUUUCUCAUGUU